UCCAGACAUACUCUCCAGUUUGAACUUUGUUGUCAAACGAUCUAUAAUUUUUUUUAUUUAAUCACUGGCUUUGUGACGGGGCGUACAUUUUUAUCACUAUCACCAAUUCAAGUCUUCCACGCACCACUACUCGAGUAUCAGGUUCUACACUAGUAUAUAUACUGUAUACCUGUCUCAUAUUUAUAGUUAGUCUUUUUGGGCAUACCUGAUCCUCUUCAACAUUUCUGUUGGAAUAGUCACGUACACUCCGCCACAGUUAGAUCAGAUCACAUAUACACAUACAUAUAUAUACUUAUUUCCCAAUCCCAGCUAUACAAGACAGGAACUACCGAACAAAUAUUCAAUACAUGCUUCAAACUUUAUUAACUCUAGUCUCCGAUUCCACGCUAUCAAUCUCUAGGUCUAGUCUUGCCUCCAAAAACCCUGAUCUUUCCUUUCAAUCCAUUGCUUUACUAACAUUUGAAGCCGUACUUGAAGUUGUGAUCAUAUGUUUUGCUGGAUUUGUCGCCGCUAGGUCAGGUAUUUUAAAUACUUCUGGGCAAAAAGUCAUCUCCCAAUUGAAUGUCGAUUUAUUUACUCCAUGUUUGGUGUUCAUUAAGUUGGCUCCAUCACUUUCAUUCCAGAAGAUGGUGGAUAUUAUUAUAAUUCCAAUAUUUUAUGCAAUAAGUACUGGAAUUUCAUUCUUAUGUUCAAAAUUAGUUGGAAAAUUCUUUUUAUUAAAUGAACCAGAAUGUGAUUUUGUAACUGCUAUGGCAGUAUUUGGUAAUUCAAAUAGUUUACCAGUUAGUUUGACUUUAUCUUUAGCUUUUACUUUACCUGAUUUAUUAUGGGAAGAUAUAGAUGAUGAUAAUAGUGAUAAAGUAGCAUCAAGAGGUAUUCUUUAUUUAUUAAUCUUUCAACAAUUGGGCCAAAUUUUAAGAUGGUCUUGGGGGUUUAAUAAAUUGUUAAGAAAAAGAUCAGUUGAAGAAUUGAAUACUUAUUAUAAUAAAGAUGGUACAGUUCAAAUUAUCACUACUAGUCUGGUUAGUAAUUAUAGUGAUGAUGAUAAUAAUAAUAAUAAUAGAUUUACAGUAUCAGACAUUGAAAAUACUCAAACAAUUACAACUAGUUCUGCUAUUGUUACAACUAGAGAUGAAAAUGAUCAUAGUGAUGAUAACGAUAAUGAACCGCUUACCAUAACUUCUUCAAACACUUCAUCUCCUCGUCCUUUAACACCAUCAAAUGAAGAUCAAAAUAAAUUCUUUUUUGUUGAAUUCAUUAAAUCGGUCUACAAUUCAUCUAUAGUUCAAAACUUUUUAAGGUUUAUGAAUCCUCCAUUAUAUGCCAUGAUCAUUUCUAUUGUGGUUGCUUCAGUACCCUUUUUACAGAAUUUAUUCUUCCUAGAUCAAGAAUCAUUUGUUCAUAAUACGGUAACUAAUUCCAUUACUCAAUUAGGAUCUGUAUCAAUUCCAUUAAUAUUAAUUGUAUUGGGUUCUAAUUUAUACCCUCAAAAGGAUAUCCCACCAGCUUCUAAACAUUAUAAGAGAAUAGUAUUGGGAUCUUUAUUAUCUAGAAUGAUUUUACCAUCUAUGAUUCUUUUACCAAUAAUAGCUUUAGUAGUUAAGUUUGUAAAGAUAUCAAUCUUGGAUGAUCCAAUCUUUUUAAUUGUUGCAUUCAUAUUAACUAUUUCACCCCCAGCCAUUCAAUUAUCUCAAAUAAGUCAAUUGAAUAAUAUAUAUCAGAAAGAAAUGGCAGGAGUAUUAUUUUGGGGGUACGUUAUUUUGACGUUCCCAACAGCCAUAUUUAUUGUGGUUGCAAGUUUGGAAGUUUUAAAGUGGGCUCGAUAGAAGUGAACUCCCAACGAAUAUUAAAAUAUUAUAAAUAUUAUAAACAUAACUAUAAAUUUUUUUUAGCCCUAUAUUACUUAUAUACAUAUAUAUACAUAUUAUUAUUAUUAUAUUAUUAUUAUAUUAUUAUUA